AUGCAACAUGCAUAGAUGAAAAUUGUGCCGCUGCUUCGUAACAUCAUCCGUCGACAGCCUGUUGCAGACGCUGUUCACCGUGCCACCAAGGAGAUUCCCAAACUCGCGCGACUGUCGAAGAUUUCUCUGAUCCUGAAGGGCCUGGCAUACCGGCUUGUUGCAUCGUCGAAACUGGGCGGACCCGCUCGCCGCGUGCAGUCCGCAACACGUGCGCGAGGCUUUCAUCAUUGAUCUAUCUCCCCGGCGGGCCUUUGAUGCUUGGUGCCACAGAAUUGGUCCGUCCGCACUCCUUCUCCUGCUCCACUUCAACCACCACACGCGGCACGAUUAACAUUCAGACCCAUUUGUACAUAGGAACAUCACCUCGCAUUCUCUUCGACGCCGUUGGCACUUCCCGUAAUCCUUUACUCUCUCUCGAUUCCCAAGUCAUGGAACCCAGGCGCACGUUGAACGUCCUCGUCGCUGUCGCCGAUUCCACCUCCGCUCAACACGUCGGCCGCUCCAUCGUCGACCUACUCAAGCAACACCACAAUGUUGCCCUUCGAGUUCUCGUCAACAUCGGCGCCUCCCUCGAAGCUUACCCAAACGGCGCUCCGUACGGAUUUCCAGAAGCAUACUCUUGCUACACAUCACAUCACGCCUCCAAUAUCGGAAUAGAAACGAAUAGCACGGAUGAGGGUCUGGUGGCCGGCCAAUGUGCCUGGGCCGACCUGCUGGUACUGGCGCCCAUUGACGCUGAAGACAUUGCGAGAAUGCUGCACGGUUUCACCCACAACAUGCACCUGCGCAUCCUGCGGAGCUGGGACGUGAGCAAGAAGAUUCUGCUCAUCCCCUGCAUGUCCGCCUUGAUGUGGGAAAAUCCCAUGUCGAGGAAGCAAAUCAGCAAGAUCCGGAGGAAAUGGAACUGGAUUCGUGUUCUGCCGCCCUACCUGUGGACUCCCAGUAGUUUCACCGGUCGCGAGUAUCAACCGUGGGAAGGCGAAAAGGCGUUUCACGACUCAAUACAGACGCAGAUCGACCUCAUGGCCGUCGGCAACCGCACCCUCGCCCUUCCCGCCGCCCAUAUGCCGACUCUGACACCGACUCGAAGCAAAGGCGCGUAUCUACCUCCUGAGCUGUGGUCCAUGAUUCUGGAGUACACGGGCGACUGGGAGCUGGCAGUGACUCUCAAUGUCGCAACCAAUCUGCCUGUGCCCCCAGAAUGGCGGCAAGCAGCCAGCGCCGAAGGGCCCCAGACGCCCAUGCAAGUCUUGGAGUGGACGCUCUUGACCGGGCGCUACGCGGACAUCAAGCAACAGUUUGAUGUACAGAAACCAACACGCAUCUCUCUGUUGUGCAUCGAGCUCAUCAUGCGGUUCGGCAUGGUGCCGGUGUUGCAGCAUCUGGAGAAUCAUCACAAGGGGCUGUUCUGGGACACGUUUGGGCACGCCUUCCUGCCGCACAAGGCGUCUGUCUUCGGCAGGCCCGAGAUACUCGAGUACUGGAGAACAAGCCCCAUGUUCCUCACCAAGGAGUACUCGGUGGAGGCCAUGGACAAUGCGUCUCGGUCCGGAUCGGUGCAGGUUCUAGACUGGUGGUAUCACUCGGGCUUGCCACUGAGAUACACGGAGGCGGCGCUGGAGCAGGCCAGCAGCCAGGGGCGCAUCGACGUGCUGCGGUGGUGGAAGCAACACAGCCGCUACCGUGACCAGCCGUCAACCCUUCCUCCCCCUGGCCUUGCGGAGGGAGGUCAUGAAGGCGAGGGCGGCGAUGACCUCUCACUCAAGGUGGGGAAAUCCAUCAUCUACGCCACGCAGGCGGGGUCCCUGGCGAGCAUCCACUUCUGGGUCGAGUCGGGCAUUCCCUUCUCGCACGAAGAAGCCGUUGCGAAAGUGGCCUCGACGCAUGGGCACACGCACAUACUCGACUACUGGCGGCAGCUGCGGGGCGAGAAGAUGCUCUACGACAACCAGGUGCUCGCGGGGGCCACCAAGAUGGGCCGCACCGAUGUGCUCGAGUGGUGGAAGCGCAGCGGGCUGAGGGUCGAGUACAAGACGUGCGACAUUGAGGAGGCGCUGGAGGAUGGCGUGGGAGGCGAUGCCGGUAAGAGCGUCAGGAAGUGGUGGGCGCGCAAUGGGCUGAACCUGGGAGUGGGCACGAGCGAGUGGAUGAAGGUCAAGGUGUUGGGUUCGUAGGCAUCGGCAUGAGAGAGUAUGAUACUGGUAAUUCUAUAUACUGCUGGUUGUAAUAUCACAGUCUUAGUAUGCCAGUCUCCGUCAGCAUGGUAGCUACAGCGCUGUUUUCCUGACCAAGGAAGCAGAAUGAUGGAAGAGAUGACUGCAAGAGGGGUCACAAACUUCUCCAUCUCAUGCAGUGCCAGUCAAACCUGAGUCUUAGAAGCAUGCUUCCUGUAACCUCAUCAAUCUCAUUUCAGAUGGAUAUGGCUGAAGAUAUCGGGAAUUAGCCUUCUUGUUCAGAGGAAUAAACGGAUACAUGGUCACAUCCUCUAUUUAUCUGCCAUAGACAACAUCGGUUGGUAAAAGGCAAAACGCACAAGAGGGUCAACAAAGCUAUCAGCAGAACAUACGAC